GUCGCAAGGAUUCCCGCCAGUCCAAAUGGGACAAGUGGGAAACCGAUUUUAUGGACCGCCUGUUCUUCGAAUGAUUGGGCAAAUCACCGUUGUCGAUGGGAGAACCUCUAAUUCUCUCGCUUAUAGUUUCGCUAUCGUCGCUGAUUCCGAUUUUGCUGACUUACGGUCCCGGGGACGUGGUUCCGACCAGCAAGAUAGGACUGUAUCAACUCGGUUCAUUUUCCUAUUUUCGUUUGUCGCACACAAGUUUUCACGGAUGCUUGUUUGUAUCUUCUUGUUUCCUACUACUUGUUCGUCUCUUUCUGAGAUACAUAUUUUGUUUUUUUUCAGUCGACACCAGUCUGGGACAUCAUGAUUGGUCGAUAUUCUCCAAUUUUUGGCCUCAAUCGCGAGGUAUUCAUCGAUUGAGUUGGAUACUCUGGAAGUGAUCUUCAUGGUGUGACUGCCUAAGUAGUGGACAUUCCCCAACUCUGUAUUCACAUAUUAGCAAACAAUUUUGGGAUCACAAUCAUUGGCCAAAGCGUAUCAUUGCCCGUUAUACAUGGAAGAAGAAGAAGAAGAAGAAGAAGAAAACACUGACAUCCUACGAUUUGAUGUGUCUGGUACAUUGAUUGUGAAAGUAUAACUAAACAGUCAGAGAAAAGGUGGAAUGUACAGAAGAAACAUGGAGGAGCAAUCAGAGAUUGAUGUGACUUCCGGAUUAUAUGUUUUGUUCGGACCAGCAGCAGCAGGAGGAGGAGGAGCAGCAGCAGCAGCAGCAGCAGCCGCCGGAGCCUUCUUUCGCCGCCUUUUCCCCCUCAAUGCCCUUCCCCAAGGCCUCCCUCCCCACCAGAUGAAAGAGGAGUUGAAAUCCCUGGCGAGGUUUUCAGGCCCCAUAAUAAUGACGUCCUUUCUACUAUACUCAAGGUCGGUUGUUUCAAUGCUGUUCUUAGGUCAUCUUGGGAAGGCAGAACUUGCUGGGGGUUCUCUCGCACUUGGGUUCGGGAACAUAACCGGAAUAUCCAUUCUGAGGGGCCUCUCCACGGGGAUGGAUCCCAUUUGCUGCCAAGCUUUUGGGGCUAAGAGAUGGUCAGUUCUGAGUCAAACCUUCCUCAAAACCCUGUGCCUCCUACUUCUUGUGUCCCUACCCAUCUCCGUGUUAUGGCUAAAUAUGGAACCCAUCCUUCUUUGGUUAGGUCAGGACCCCGCCAUCACUCAAGUCGCCAAGGUGUACAUGCUCUUCUCCAUCCCCGAAUUGCUUGCCCAAGCGCACCACCUUCCCCUCCGGAUCUUCUUGAGAACCCAAGGCAUUACCACCCCGAUUACCGUAGCUUCCAUAUGCUCUGCCCUCUUGCACCCUCCCAUCAAUUACUUUCUGGUCUCCUAUUUGAACCUGGGCGUCGAGGGUGUCGCCCUCUCCCUCGCCUGGAACACCUUCAACCUCAACCUGGGCCUCAUGCUCUACCUCGUGCUAUCUAGCAAGCCCUUGAAGCCUUGGCAUGGCGUCACCAUUCUGUCCACGUUCCAGGGGUGGCAGCCUCUGUUGAGUUUAGCAGUCCCGAGCGCGGUGUCGGUGUGCUUGGAGUGGUGGUGGUACGAGAUAAUGCUGUUCCUUUGUGGGCUGCUGAGUAACCCCCAGAACACAGUGGCAGCCAUGGGCAUCCUCAUCCAAACCACUGGAAUGCUGUACAUAGUUCCAUUCUCGUUAAGCGCAGGAAUCACGACACGCGUAGGGCAAGCCCUGGGGGCAGGGGAGCCCAUUCGCGCCCAGUGGACGGCGGUGAUAGGACUUUCCACGGGGUUGGCUUUUGGAGUGACGGCCUUCUUUUUCAUGACGUCAGUGAGAUCAGUAUGGGGGAAAUUGUACACAGAUGAGCCGCAGAUUCUUCACAUGAUCUCCUCCGCACUACCCGUGUUGGGUGUGUGUGAAAUUAGUAACUCCCCGCAAACAGUGGCGUGUGGGGUUCUAACAGGAACCGCAAGACCCAAGUUAGGGGCAAGAAUAAAUCUGUACGCCUUCUACUUCAUUGGCCUCCCGGUUGCAGUGGUUGCCACUUUCACCCUCAAGGCUGGCUUUCUGGGGCUGUGGAUCGGACUGAUGACGGCCCAGAUAUCGUGCUUGUGUAUGCUGGUGCAUACCCUGCUUCGAACGGAUUGGAUCCAGCAGAGCGCGAGGGCGGUGGAGAUGGCGGCAAUAGUGGGGGAGGAGAGUGGUAAGGAAGAGGAGGGCGUGGAAUGCGGGCUGAUGGAGGGGAAUGAACAAGUGUAGCGGAUUUGGUUAAAACAACAACACUUAGUCAUACAUGAUUCAUUCAUGAACCCAUUGUAAUUCAUUGUCUUACAGACCCAAAAAAUCAUUCUUUUCACUAAAAAAAGAAACCCCCUCCUCUCAUCAUCAAACA